AUUCCACAAGCCUCGGGCCUCAGGCCUCCUGGCCCUUCAGCUCCAGACCCUCCCGGAGGGCUGCCCGGCCUCUGAGAGGGACCAGAUUAUCUUUUAUUUUCUCCAGAAUAUUUCACGCAUAUAACAUAACCUAGGUGUCCCCCACCCGCUCCAGGCAGACCUUCCCAGUUCCUGAUAAGGACAGAGGUUUCUCAACAACUUCUCUGGCUCAGGUUUCUCAGGGAGGGAUAACAUGAGUAAGCGGAAGAAGCUGCGGACCCCAGGAGAAGGAAUUCGUCCACCAAAACCCCCAAAGCACCCAAGGCUCGGAGACCCUGACGGGGAUCCUCAGAGUUUCCAGUUUGGCCCUUUGGGUCACCCUGAAGAGUCAAAAGGCAGUUCAGGACCUGUUCCCUCUACAGAGCAGAGUGGGGAGGAAUCAGGACAUGAGGCCUCCAGCUCUCCGGACAAGGAAGCUGGAGCUCCUUCCAGGAGCCUCUCGCAACCAGAAAAGGAGCCAAUCCCCUUUCCUCCUUCCCAGAACUCAGACAGGAGGUUUGUCCCACAGUUUGCAAAACCCAGGAAGGCAGUGACAAGACUAGCUGCUACGAGGGAAGAGGACCUCGGGAGUGGGGCCUUUAGCUUGGAGACACCACCAGAGCCCAGUGCCCAGCAGGCAGGAAGCCAGUCAUGGCAGGAGUCCCCAGAGCUCACUAUCUUGGAGGCCUGGGAGCCAGGAGACCAGACGCAAACAGAUGGCACCCACUCCGAGCACAGUGUCCAAAACGCUGUAACACCUGUGUCCAGCAGGGGGGAUUCUCAGCCUGAGGUCUCCAAUGACAUUUCUUCAGAAUGGGGGAUGGUGCCCUUGGUUUCAGAGAGUGCCAGCCAGGACUGUCUAUUGAAACAAGGGACCAAUUUGCCAGAUGCUGGAAGCACAGAGGGGGGUAGGAUUCCAGGUGAUCUCAGCCAGAAAGGGCAUCUGCCAAGCAGUGGUGCUGAGAAGAAGGAGCCAGACCAAGGAGUCCCACAGGAGGAAGGUGUCCAAGGGGGAACAGGGACUGACCAGGAGAAAGGAGACAGCAUCCUAGGCCUGGUCACUCAGGGCUCAGAGCUUGGAUCUGCAGCCCAGGCCCCACCUGACCCCCUGCAGAUACUCAGCAGGGUUGGCAAGGAAGCAGGAGGGAGCUGUAGCAGCCCCAGACACUCCUCCCUUAGGAUCAGUGUCAUCACAGAUGUGGUCACAGACCCCACCAAGUCAGAACAGAGGGCUCUGGAGUUGACGGGGCCAGAUGAGAAGGCUAACACCCAGGCACCUGCCUCUCCCAGCGGGAAGGCCCCUGAUGGAGGCCAUAGUGGGGCCCUGCUCACAGGCCUGCCUCUCGCUGGGGAAACUACAGAAAGCAGAGGAGAGGAAGGGUGGGAGGCCGACUCCCCUGGUGAUGUCUCCAGGGGCCCUGCAGCCUCCCUGGUUCUGGCUCAUGAGACCCAAGAGCCCUCAGUAGGUGCUGGAUGUUCCAGUCCUAUAGCCUCGGAAAUUGACCCAGUUGUUGGUCAGACACAGGUACCAGACCUGGAUCAAGAAGGGCUGGAAGGUGUGUGUGCGCUGUCUUUGUUGUCACAGCCCUCAGGUGAAAAGGCAGCCGAAUUAGGUAGCCAGAGCCAUGAACAAGACUUUGGGGGGUUCAGUCCGUCCCUUGGAGCCUCUGUUCCACCAUUGCACAGAGAAACAGUGGUUGGUCCUCCCCUGGAUGCCAGGGCCCACCAGGGCAACCCAGAUGCCCCUGCAGGCCCAGCAGGCCAGCCCAAGCAUCCUGACCCUGCAGACCAGGCCGCCUUGGAACUCGACUUCCUGCCAGACAGCCAGAUACAGGAUGCCCUGGAAGCCCUCAACUUAGAAGCCCCACCUGAGCAGUUUCCUGCAGGGAGCGGGGUGGGCCCUUGCUGGCCUGGCACCAGCCUGAGUACUGAAGGAGGCCCCCUCAUCGAGUCUCAGCCAAGCCGGCUGAUCAUGAAUGCCCACCGGGACCUGGAAGCAUUCAAGCGCCUCAACUACCGGAAGGCAAAGCCUGCAGGGAAAGCCCCCAUGCCCUACACAUCAAAGGGGGCUGGGGCUCUCCCUCGAGGGGAGCAACCCUGGCGGGAUUUGUAGAUGCUUCUGAAUGGGGAAGCUGGGGGACUGUGUGCAGGGCUUACCCCUCCCAUGGAUGUAUGUUUUGUUCAAACCCUGGCCCCAGAAGUGCCUGAUGUUCCUGCCACAGAGCUGUCAACAAUCCCCCUGCAGACCCCGAAAAGCCUUCAGUCCCUGAUGUUGCUCCUGGUAUUUUGUUACCCCUGGUACUUUGUUACCCCCAAGAUGCUCCAGCGGGUCCUAGUGGGCCCCAGAAACUGCCCUUUAGCCGACCUGGAAGUCAGCCUCCCUGGGAAACCCUGGAGGCCCCACUGGAGUCCACAGCAGCCCUCUGGAGUCUGUAUGGGGAGGGAACCUGCUCCCUGAGAGGCUGAGGCUGCAGGGGGAAGUGGAGGCGGGCUGGGGCCCCAGGAGCAGGGCCCAGAGCCACCCAGAUGUUUAUCUGGGUUUGCAAAUUUUGGCUCCUUAGCUGAGGUUAUGGCAGGUUCAGAAUUUGUUUCUUUCCUGGAGGAAAAAGGGCCCCCUUUGUUGGUUGUGCGUUUGUCUCUCUCUGGCUUUCCAUUUUAUUUAUUUUGGGAAGAGCACUAAUAAAUGAUUCCCUAGCAAG